AUGGAGCGGGUGAGCGAGGCCGCCGCCUGCGGCCCCUCGUCGGGCUGCUACACGUACCAGGUGAGCCGGCACAGCGCCGACAUGCUGCACAGCCUCAACCAGCAGCGCAAGAACGGCGGCCGCUUCUGCGACGUGCUCCUGCGCGUGGGCGACGAGAGCUUCCCGGCGCACCGGGCGGUGCUGGCCGCUUGCAGCGAGUACUUCGAGUCGGUGUUCAGCGCGCAGCUGGGCGACGGGGCAGGUGGCGGCGGUGGCGGCGGCGCAGAAGGCGGUGCAACGGAGGCGGCAGCGGCCGGCGGGGCUGCAGCGGCGGCCAGCGGGGCCCCCGGGGGUGGGCGGGAGCUGGAGAUGCACACCAUCAGCUCCAAAGUGUUUGGAGACAUCCUGGACUUUGCCUACACGUCGCGCAUCGUGGUGCGGCUGGAGAGCUUCCCGGAGCUCAUGACGGCCGCCAAGUUCCUGCUGAUGCGCUCUGUGAUUGACAUCUGCCAGGAGGUCAUCAAGCAGUCCAAUGUGCAGAUCCUCGUGCCCCCUGCACGCCCCGACAUUAUGCUCUUCCGUCCGGGGGCUGCUGACCUCGGCUUCCCUCUUGACAUGACCAACGGUGCCACUUUGGCACCCAAUGGCAACGGCAUUGCUGGUAUGCCUGAAGACGAGGCCACGCGGGCUGCGCUUACUGCUGCCCAGUCCUCCCUGCCUGUUUUGCAGGGUGUGGACCGCCUGCCCAUGGUGGCAGGACCUCUGUCCCCACCACUGCUGGCCUCACCCUUCCAGAAUGUUGCUGCUAGUGCCCCCACUUUAAGCACCAAGAGGGGCAGAGGGCGUCCCCGUAAAGCCAAUCUCUUGGACUCCAUGAUGUUUGGUACCCCAGGGGGCCUGCGAGAGGCUGGUAUCCUGCCUUGUGGCCUCUGUGGGAAAGUAUUUACGGAUGCUAAUCGUCUUCGUCAGCAUGAGGCUCAACAUGGGGUGACAAGCUUACAGCUGGGCUACAUAGACAUCCCACCCCCAAGACUGGGUGAAAAUGGUGUCCCUGGUCAGGAUGACCCUGAUGCACCCCGAAAAAGAAGCAGGACGAGGAAACAGGUGGCCUGUGAGAUCUGUGGCAAGAUUUUUCGGGACGUGUACCACCUGAAUCGGCACAAGCUGUCACACUCUGGCGAGAAGCCUUACUCUUGUCCAGUGUGUGGCUUACGGUUCAAGCGGAAAGACAGGAUGUCCUAUCACGUUCGAUCUCACGAUGGCUCUGUGGGAAAGCCCUACAUCUGCCAGAGCUGUGGAAAAGGCUUUUCCAGGCCAGACCACUUGAAUGGACACAUCAAACAGGUGCAUACCUCAGAGAGACCUCACAAGUGUCAGCAGGAAAAUGGCAGCCACCAUGGAAUAAGCUCAGAGACAUCCACAUCCAUAGAAAAGUUGAAACUUCAAGAGACUUGUAAUGCUUCCUUUGCCACUCGUGACCGACUGCGCUCACACCUAGCAUGUCAUGAAGACAAAGUUCCAUGCCAGGUGUGUGGGAAGUACUUGCGAGCCGCAUAUAUGGCAGAUCACUUGAAGAAACAUAGUGAAGGACCAAGCAAUUUCUGCACUAUCUGUAACCGAGGUUUCUCCUCUGCCUCCUACUUAAAGGUCCAUGUUAAAACCCACCACGGUGUUCCCCUUCCCCAGGUCUCCAGGCACCAGGAGUCCAUCCCGAAUGGGGGAGCAGCGUUCCACUGCGUCAGGACCUAUGGCAUCAAAGAAGGCCAGAAAUGUUCACAUUCGGACCCGAUUGAGAGUUCUGAUUCAUAUGGAGACCUCUCUGACACCAGUGACCUCAAGACUCCUGAGAAACAGAGCACCAAUGGGUCCUUCUCGUGUGACAUGGCAGUCAGCAAAAACAAAAUGGAGACGGAAGGAGAGAAGAAGUACCCUUGCCCUGAAUGUGGCAGCUUUUUCAGAUCAAAGUCUUAUCUGAACAAACACAUACAGAAAGUUCACGUCAGGGCCCUUGGUGGCCCAUUGGGGGACCUCGGUCCUGCUCUAGGAUCCCCCUUUUCACCCCAACAGAACAUGUCUCUCCUGGAGUCAUUUGGGUUUCAGAUCGUCCAGUCAGCAUUUGCGUCAUCCCUAGUGGAUCCAGAGGUCGACCAGCAACCAAUGGGGCCAGAGGGGAAAUGAGAUCAGUUUGAUCU